UUAAAUUUCCAUACAAUCUUUUCAUAUUUUUUUUACAGCAUUGUCCACAACACUUCAAUUUAUCGCAUAUUUUAUCCCGUACUGUCUUAUCGGCCUAUGCAUUUGGUCCUAUUGGAAAAUCAUGUUCGGAAGUCGGAUGUCUCGAUUACUUGGCAAAUUUCCCGGACCCCCGCUCGUCCCUUGCGCCGGAAAUGCCUACUUAUUCCUUGGACCUCCUAAAAACGUACUUCCAACAAUUGCUGGCCUAAUAAAAAAGUAUGGGCGACGUUUCCGCCUGUGGAAAUUUCACAAUCCGUACGUCAUCCUCGUAGAUGGGAAGGAUAUCGAGCACGUGCUCUCGUCCAACCAGCACAUCAACAAAGGUCGGGAUUAUCACCAACUUCACUGGAUGAAUGGAAACGGGUUAAUUACGUCAGGGGGCGACGUAUGGCGUGAAGACAGAAAAUUGCUAAAUCCAUCCUUCAAAUACCAACGGUUUGACGGAUUCCUGGAUUCUUUUAAUAAAAAUGGCAAAAUUUUAGUCUCCGUGUUGAAAAAGUAUUUCAAAAAUGGGGAUCAAAAGGUCGAUCUGCAUCCGGCCCUUUGUCGUUGUACGAUGGACACCAUUUUCGAGAGCGUUCUUGGUGCCACGUUUAAUAUUCAAUCAGAAUCUUCCGAAGGGUAUGUUGGCGAGGGGCAUGUGAUGUAUGAAGGAUUAAAAUCGGUGAUGAUGUCAUACAGAACGAGGGGCUUAAAACCUUGGCUUUGCCUCCCAAUUGUUCGCAAUAUUCUCGGAAUUGCAAAAAUAGAGAGAGAAACGAAAAAGAAUUUUACAAAAUUUAUGAUUAAGGUUAUUGAUGGGCGUAAAAAGAGCCUGAAAAACAAUCCAGGUGACGACGCGUCCCGAGCAUUUAUCGACGUUUUAUUGGAAUCUCGCUCAAAUCAAAAUCUUGUGGAUCAUGCUUUCACAAUUUUUGCGGCGGCCUUCGAAACAAACGCGACCGCGAUGAACUUUCUGCUUUUUCUCCUCGCACUGAAUCCGGCGUGUCAGAAAAAAGUACAUCAAGAAUUGGACGAAGUUUUUAACGGGGACCGACGAGACGCCACUGCGAAGGACAUCAAAGAACUAAAAUACAUGGAAAUGUGCAUUCUCGAAACGAUGCGGCACUUCCCACCGGCACCAAUGUUUUCCAGAAAUUUGGAGACCGAUAUUGUUCUCGAUGACGGAACCCUCGUCCCGAAAGGAGCGGACGUUGGCAUUUUCGUGUACGAAGUGCACAACGAUCCCGCCGUAUUUCCGCACCCCGAAAAAUUCGACCCGGACCGAUUUUUACCCGCGGAAGUAAAAAAGAGACACAACUACUCGUACAUCCCAUUUUCAAAAGGCCCCCGUAGUUGUAUCGGCCAAAAGUACGCCAUGCUUCAAAUGAAAUCUGUCCUGUCCCACGUCCUGCGCGAAUUCAGCGUCACCACGAAGAUGACGCGAAAAGACGUCAAUAUCAUAAUCGGCUCCAUUAUUGAGAUCGAUUGCAGCAUUUUUUUAACACUUUCUCCACGAUGUGGUCCAAAAACCAUGUACAAAUUUUGACGAAUAAAUAAUACUUUCAAAUUUA